GGAGCAACACUUCUGCCCAUGCGCAGUGAGACGGGAGCUCAGCCAGACUGCAGCUGAUAGAUGUGUUGUAGUGAUGUAAUGUUGCCUGUUUGGUGACUACGGAUGGCUGUCUGUGCCAGGCUCUGCGGAGUGGGUCAGUCGCGGAGGUGCCGGAGGCGACAGCGGCAUAACCAGCAGGAUCAGGCUAGCGAUUCCGACAUGGACGAGGAGGAAGAGGAGCAGAUCGUGGGCAAGAGGCAAGGCGACGCCGCCGUCGUCGUCGUCGUCGGAGGAGGAGGAGGAGAAGGAGGAGGAGGAGGAGGCCUGGACAGCGACGGAGCCACUGCAGGGCCGAGCGUCGCUGGCGAGCACGGCAGCGGUCAUGUCAACAGAGGGGGCUCUCUGGAUCGCACAAGCACGGGACCUCCACACCCGCAAUCAUUAGCGGAAUUACCGCCGGAGCUUUUAGUGGAGAUAUUCUCCCUGCUUCCCGGAACAGCACUACCAAAUGUCGCCCUCGUAGGCAAGAAAUUCAGACAGAUACUCAACACUGAAACCAUCUGGAGAAGGCGGUGCAUGAAAGAGUUUGGUAUGAAGGAGGAUCUGAGGAAGAUGGAAGUGGGAGGAGUAUCUAGCCGGGACCUUUAUGUUAAACUGCUUCACCCGUACAGACAUAUCUUGGGCUUAUGGCAGCCUGACAUAGGGCCUUAUGGGGGAUUGCUCAACGUUGUGGUGGACGGGCUGUUCAUCAUUGGCUGGAUGUAUUUGCCGCCUCACGACCCCCGUGUGGAGGAUCCCAUGAGGAGACGGCCGCUCUUCCGUAUCCACUUGUGGGAGAGCCAAAAGGCAACUGUGGAGUGUAUGUACGGACACAAGGGUCCACACAAAGGUGACAUACAGACUGUGAAGAAGGAUGAAUUUUCAACUAAGUGUAACCAGACUGAUCAUCACCGUAUGCCAGGGGGCAGACAGGAGGAGUUCAGGACAUGGUUAGAGGAAGAAUGGGGCCGAACACUGGAAGAGAUCUUCCAUGAGCACAUGCAGGAGCUCAUCCUGAUGAAGUUCAUUUAUACCAGUCAAUAUGAUAACUGCUUGACAUACCGGAGGAUCUACCUGCCACCUGUGAUGCCCACUGACCUUCUGCACCCGGGCCUCUUCAAAGGCACCUACGGCAGUCAUGGCUUGGAGAUCGUCAUGCUCAGUUUUCACGGGCCCUCCGUGAGAGCCACCAAGCUCACUGGAGACCCCAAUGUUCCUGCAGGGCAACUCACUUUAGAUGUGGACCUGAGCCGGCCUGUAUUCCUCCCAGACUUGGAGCACCAGCGCAACAUAGAGGAGCUGUCCCGGCUGGUACUGGGGGUACACGCGGAAGUCCAGAGAGAAGAACAGCAACAGGCCAAGGACAAUCCUGCCACAGUCAAAGGUUCAGCCGAGGGGGCCUGUGAGGAUGCCAGCGCAGCAGAAGGGGUGGAGGAGGACUGUGUUACCAGUUCAGACAGCUGCCAGCCCGGCCCCAGCUGCAGCAACAGUCCUCCUGAAGCCCAGCCCUUUGUCCUGCCCCUGGGAGUUAUGGCUCGCAAUGAGGUCUACCCUCGCACCUGUAGGAAAUGCUUCUAUGGUACAGGCCUGAUCGCUGGUCACGGCUUCACAAGUCCAGAGCGUACCCCGGGCCUCUUUGUGCUGUUCGAUGAGGACCGUUUUGGCUUCAUCUGGCUGGAGUUGAAGUCUUUCAGUUUGUACAGUCGGCUGACGGACACCCUAGCUCACGGUCACGCCCCAAAUAUGGAGCGAUUUGAGGCCAUGCUGUGUAACAUGCAGUCCUGGACAUCCUGAUGCACCACAUAUUAAAUGCAUAAAAACAAGCAUUUUACACAAAUCAUCUCCUGCUCUCCUUUGAGUCAUGGGCUAUGACCUACCAGGAUAGCUCAUGAUCACAAAUGUCCACAUUCUAUCAGUAUGUUUAACAAACAUUGGGUUUGACUGUCUAAUUAAGCAAGUUAUGUCACGCUGACCUAGCUCUUUCACGAUACUGUUCCCAUGCAAGCACUUUAAAAGGCCUCCCAAGUCACCGUUUAUCACCUCACCUCACUAUGACCUUUAUCCUCCAGUGCAGCAUGAAAACGAGUCACAUUAACAUCUUUUAUUUAUUUAUUUAUUCCCUGCAGGAGAUGAGGAAUGAUAUUUCAUACCACUUAUUAUGGAUCAAACUGUACGUGCCUCUGAUUCUAAAACUGUCUGUACUUGAUAGUGCUUGAAGAAGAUAAAGGUGUCCAAUGUAUUCUACUAUAAAGCAUUAUUCUGAGUUCAGUGCCCAACAUAUUGAACUGCAUGCUGCGUUUUGUUUAGAUCUAAUCACAUCUCAAACAGGAUCAUUAUCAGAACAUGAUGUUUUAUUCUCAUUAAGCAGCAUGCCUUGCUUUUUAGUUGUUUCUUUUUUCUUUUUUUUUGCGCUUUAAAAAAAAAGACAGCUUCUCAGGUGUUUUUCUCUUUACCAAGUCAGUGAAAUCCAGAACUUAAGUAUUCAUGUGAAUAACAAAAAUGUAUGAAGUUACAUUAAUUUGAGAAAUUUGUCUAGUAAAAUACUGAGUGAGUUUCACAGCUAGGCAAUUUUGCCACCAGUGACAAGAGAGGGUAUGCUGUAGAUAAAUCAGCCAGUUUAUGCCCUUUGAACUUAAGAGAUAGUGAUAUGUCCUGGCUCAUGGUCCUACAUCAAACACACCUUUCAUGUCACCCCACCUGACAUAAUAUUAUGUAAGUUGGAAAGAUGUAUUGUACUGUAGUAGAAUAACAUAACCUUUACAUAAGCUAAUCAAAAUAUCAAAGAUAUACAGUUUAUGUUCUUAUAUAAUGAUCUGAAACAGAAACUUCUCAUACCUUUUGAAAUGUAUUGCAUUUGUUGGUUUAAAAUGGCUGACGAAACAUUUGCCUGGCUUUCUACCUGCAAAUCUAUUCCCUCCAGUUUUCCCUAUUAGUUUUGAACUUGAAACCAGGCUGGCUCAACAUUGUACAAGCUAACAGCUCAAAGUACUAAAUAAGUGACUGUGUGUCUCCUUACGGCCUGAUGGGGUUGCUCAGUAGCUUUCUUACUCCAAGUGCACUUUUCUGGGCAGUAUAGUGAAUCAUUCAAAACCACUGGCCAGCACUUUUGUAUCAGACUGCAGCUUUACUAACAUUUGCAAAAAAAAAAAAAGUGUCUGCUAAAGCAUUAUCCUUUUAUUUAAUUACUUUUUAUUCAUUUCCUCUCAAUUCCAGUAUAAUUGUUUUAUACAUUCUCCUAUCUGUACCCGGCUAUUUGAAUGGUUUGCCUUCGAAAAAUGAAAUGUUGCUUUCUACUAUUUUCAAUGCGAUACGCCUGAUUUUGUGAAAAAUAAUUCAAGUUUGACCUAUUGAACUGCUCACAUCAGAAUUCAGGGAGCUUUUCAGCUUAAGCGCUCUUCUCAGUAAUAAAAAAUACAAAACUGUCAAAUCUGUUGUAUGUGUCUCCCAUUGCUGCUCAACUAUUACCCAAAAGUAUUCUCUCCUUCCAGAACCACAGUUGUAUUUUGAUUAAAAUGUAAUAAUAUGUGACAUCCCUUCACACAACAGCCCUGUAUUACACAAGCCCUGUGUACAGUUGUGGGUUAAGGUUUGAA